ACGUCCUCUCCUCUCCUACUGACACACAUUUGUUGCACGACGCCGAUCGUUACGCAGCCUUACCACACAAAAAUCGAAAAUAAAUCGAGCGCAUUAGUAAAAACGCAUCUGAAAAAGAGUGAAACGACGGCGUGAGCCGAAAGGAGACAAGUGGUGUACCAAAAGUAAAGAUUAGUCAUAUACGAAUCAUACGAACGUGGGCAACGAUAGAGAAAAUCUUGCAAAAAAGCGCGCACGCAACUUUUACGUAACCAGCGUGAGAACGACAGGUCGGGAAAACUGGGGUCAACGCAUUUCCACGGCAGUAGGUUGUAUGAAGUGAAGGAAUUGAUCCAAGGAAGAAUAGAGGGCAUAAGAAGGGAGGCAAUCGAUUUGUGAAACAGACGAAGCGGUUCACAUUCCAUCAUCCGUUCAAUCGUUUGUCGAAUUUACCGGAAGCGUCCAGUCUGUCAUCUUGAGCACCAAUCACAACACCCAACAAAGCACAAAAUGUUUACACUUUGGUAUACAGCUUUAUCGUGGAGAGAAUACAGCAACGAAUUAUGUUCGUUAUUAAAUCCCAACUGUCCAUCCAAAGCAAAAAAGGAUGCAACCAAACCUACACCAGACUCUUCCACCUUAUUAAAACCAACUCCUUCUAAACCUUUAACCCCGAUUCCAUCAAAAUCACCUACACCAUCACCAACUCCAUCUCCUAUACCACCACCAUCGAGAAUACCGAUUAUUGAACCUCCGAAAUCACGCACUCCUUCAACUCCUGGUACACCUGUAUCCCCAGCUCCUAAAUCACCAUCUGCAAGUCCCCAACCUCCGAAAUCUCCUUCUAGCAGCCCGUUACCUGGUGUACUUCAACCCCCGUCGAAACCACCACGUUCACCAUCGCCGCAUCCGAUGAACACGGAUGCAUUCGAAAAUAUCGAUUUCGAAGACGAAAGCGAAGAGGAAAGUGAACCUGAAGAUGAGAAUUCUGUGGUUGAUAAAAGCCCAUGGGCUAUGCCUAAGAAGCCUUCGGUUAGUCCAAGCCCAAGCCCAAGCCCAAAACCUUCAAGUCCCCAACCGCCGACAAGGGGUAAACAGGCUGCUGGCGCGUUUCUUCAGCAAGAAAUCGGGGCGCAGAGAAAACAAUUCAGAAACAGCACCAUGGUUGACCAGGCAGUCCUCGACAAAUUGGAAGAAGGCUUCAAGAAGUUGGAAGCCUCCGACUCCAAGUCCCUGUUGAAGAAAUACCUCACCCGCGAGAUCUUCGAUAACUUGAAGACCAAGAAGACCGGGUUCGGUUCUACCUUGUUGGACGUCAUUCAGUCUGGUUUGGAGAACCACGACUCUGGUGUAGGUAUCUACGCCCCUGACGCUGAGUCGUACACCGUCUUCGCCGAUCUCUUCGACCCCAUCAUCGAAGAUUACCAUGGUGGAUUCAAGAAGACCGACAAGCACCCACCUUCCCAGUGGGGUGAUGUCUCUGUUUUCGGCAAUGUUGACCCCACCGGUGAAUACGUCGUGUCCACCCGUGUGCGUUGCGGUCGCUCCAUGGAAGGCUACCCCUUCAACCCCUGCUUAACCGAAGAGCAAUACAAGGAGAUGGAAGGCAAGGUGUCCACCACUCUGUCUGGUCUUGAAGGCGAACUCAAGGGUACCUUCUACCCACUCACCGGCAUGAGCAAGGAUGUCCAACAGAAGCUCAUCGAUGACCACUUCCUGUUCAAGGAGGGCGAUCGUUUCCUGCAGACCGCCAACGCCUGCCGCUUCUGGCCAUCUGGUCGCGGUAUCUACCACAACGACAACAAGACCUUCUUGGUGUGGUGCAAUGAGGAGGAUCAUCUCCGCAUCAUCUCCAUGCAGAUGGGUGGUGACUUGGGCGAGGUCUACCGUCGCUUGGUGACCGCUGUCAAUGACAUCGAGAAGCGCAUUCCCUUCUCGCACAACGACCGCCUUGGUUUCCUCACUUUCUGCCCAACCAACUUGGGUACCACCGUGCGCGCCUCCGUGCACAUCAAGCUGCCCAAGUUGGCCGCCAACAAGGCCAAGUUGGACGAGUGCGCCGGCAAGUACAACUUGCAGGUGCGCGGCACCCGCGGUGAGCACACCGAGGCUGAGGGUGGUGUCUACGACAUCUCCAACAAGCGUCGCAUGGGCUUGACUGAGUUCGACGCCGUCAAGGAAAUGUACGAUGGCAUCUCUGAGCUCAUCAAGAUGGAGAAGGAAGCUUAAGCUCUCUGCACGCAGGACAGCACGCGCGCGCACCAAGGACAUCUUCGACAACGCGGCGACUUUGCACACACACACACUGCACUUCUUUGGAACAUCAAAGACGAAUUGUACCUACUCAUCCAAACCAGCAGCAGCCACAACCACCGAACCCACUGACGCACGUUUGUGUCACUUCACCACCCGACAUUUCAACAUCCCUCGAUCCGUUCCGAAUUUUAGAACGAUUCGGAAUUUGUGAUUGCAUCAAGCCAAAGAGUUCAAUGGUGUCUGGACAAUUGUUAGUGUAAUAAUACUCAGCUUAUAGUCGGCGUUGUUUUUAAAAUAAGCGAGCGCGCAACCGCGUUCGUUAUAAGUUACUAUGAUAAGCAUUGGAUAUUACUGUAUAUUAUUUAUAUUUUAAUUGUAAUUAUAAAGUCAUGAAAAUCCCAAAGAAAGACACUUUCAAAAAGAAGGAUGUUGUAAAUUUCGACGUUCGGGCGGACGAAUUUAUUAUUCGCACGCACGAAUUGUUCUUAAUAAAAUAGAUCCAAUGUGAUUCAAAAA